AUGCACACACAUUUGUACUUUAUUUGUCAGAUUUAACAUAAAGGUGUUAGUUCACCUAUGACAAAUUAUAAAUAAAAGACAUUUUUAAGGUGUGUGAGAAUUUAAAUCCCAAGCAAAGCAAAGUACACACAUUUAACUUUGAUGUGAACGUCAACAAGCUGCCACUACAACCCGUUGAUGUUUUAGUUAUUUUAUCAUCCGAAACGACAAAAUAAUUGGUAAAAGUAAAUUUCAGUCACAUAUGUCUACAAUCUUUGAUAAUUAUAUGGAGUGAAAUAGUGUUAAACUGUGAUUCUAAGGAACACGCAGAAUGAGUAACCCAUUGAAAAGGCGAUUGGAACAACAGGGUCAGUCAGAAAGAUUGAAUAAGAAGAUGUUUACAAACGAGGAAAAUGAUAGCCUAUGGCUAUAUGACGUCCUUGAUUACAUUGGAGCGAAUGAAGAAUUUCGAAAGACUUGUCGAUGUACAUACAUUAGCGCUGAGAUUAUGGCAACGUUCGAUAACGUUAAUAGCUUCUAUUACUUCGGAAGUUUAUGUGAAGGUGCAUUUACACCAGGUCAUGCAAAAGAUGAGGAUACGAUUGAAUGUAUGGACAGAUUUCCGAUAAUCGAGGACAUAUUAAAAGAUAACAGCGACUACGAUUACUCUUUAUUAAUGAUCACGGAAUCCUAUACACCAGUUGGAUAUUUCAAACUGCAAUUUGUAAUAGACGGAAUAGGACAAACAGAAAAAGAUUGGCCAAACUUACAACAGGAUUGGAGAAAAGAAGUUUUCCAAAUUGAUAUUAAAGGUAGACUCGUUUUAUCUGAUUUAUCGACAGUAAUCAACAAUGAUUGUUUUUCAAGACAAAAGAAUAAGCCUGCUCUAACAAAUACAGGUGGGGAUAUAGAUCUUGUUAGAUCCUAUCGUUGCAGAACAUGGCCAACAAUUGCAAAUGAAUGGCUAACCCGGCGUAGGUGUAAUGGAUGGCCCACAGACGACGCGAUUCAAGAGAUGAAAUUGUUUGGAUUCUUUGUUAUAAAAAAAGGUCACCCUUUUUCAAAAGAAAUAGACUUAGAAUGGAGAAUAUCUUUUUCUCUUCAAGAACGACAACUCAUGUUUAGUUUGACAGAUGUUCAACACAAAUGUUACAUUGUUCUUAAAAUGUUAAACCAAGAUAUAAUCAAAUUAAAAGAGUUCACAUCAUACCAUUGGAAGACAUGUUUAUUUUAUGUUAUAGAAGAAAAUGACAAUAAUGUGUGGGAAAAAAAACAACUUUUUAAUUGUGUCAAACUGUGCAUCAAACAAAUGUUAAAGUGGGUAAAUUGUGGGUUUUGUCCUAACUACUUUAUUCCAGGAGACAACUUAUUUGAUGGAAAGAUGAAUAACAAUCUGCGAUUAAAUGCAGCAACAGCAUUAGAGAACAUUUUAAGUAUGGGAUUUGAUUGUUUUCUUCACGUUCAAUCUAAUAAUAUAUGCAGAUAUGUGGAAUCACGAAAAUCUCCAGAACAGUCUCAACUUCUUCAGUCACAGAGUAUAAAAGCAUACCGAGAACAUAUGAUCGAGCUGAAAUUAUAUGUUUUCAAAUUAUUGGCUAUAGUUUUUAAUUACAGAACUCUUCAGCUUUAUUAUAAUGAAUCUGAAGAAAGAACUGAUAUCUUCAUAAAGUUGCUGUGGGAAAAACUACGUCGUAUUGAACGAACCAUAGAAUUGAGAAUGGAAAUGGGGAAUGUGCCAAAGAGACAACAAAGAGACAGCACGGUUACAUACCACGGAAUAGAAAUAACAAAGUUUGCUCUAGGUCAACUGAAACCCCAUAUCUUAAAUUGUUUAGCUAGUAGUAUUUCAGCAAUGGCUAUCCAACAUCCGAAUCAACAGGUUCGUGAUUUUCUUUUGUUCGGAUCUUUUACAUUAUUCAGGCUAGGGGGUUUGAUAGGACGCAUGAAGUUUGUCUCCGUACUUUACGCUAUUGGGUUGCUUACAGACUGUGAAUGGUUCAUUGACGAAUUGAAUGUGGAAAAUACAUUAAGUAUACCAUCAUUGUGUUUUUGUAGAGAUAGACCAGGGGAAUACGAAAUGACAAUUCAGAAUGUGUUAAAUAAUGCAAAUGAAGACGUGCACGUGGUAACUUGCAUAUAUUUCUUACCAUCUGAACUCAAAAUUACCCCACAUGGCAUGAAAAAUGAAAUGUUUAGACAUUGUGGUACUAGUGUAGACGACACAACAAGAUCCAUGCUGCCUAAUCGAUGGCAUUAUAGGGCUGUUGUUGAUUGCAACACUUUCUUUGUCUACCUAAAAUAUUUGAUAAAACAGGACCUCAAUAAGCUCACAGAAGCCGGUAAAGCUUUCAAAACUUUAAACAAUUUUGUGGUAAUAGGCUCAAAUGUCAAGCAUGUUGAUGUAGGUCAUAAUUUGAUUGCUCUUCAUUUGCAAUUUUUGGCACCUUACAUGUUAUCUUAUCUGAGGGUAUCAUGGUCUUUUACUACACGGUGUUGGGAAGAAAUUACAAAUUCCGACGAAUCGAAAAAAAAGGAUUUAAAAAUUUUAAUCUUAGGCGGAUUGAAUCGGACACAGUACCAGUUUAAUGCAGCAAAGUUGCAUGCGCUAGUGCUUUUGUACAACACAUGGUUUGCAAAAGAGCGGCCCCAUCGCGAUUUCUGCUUUAAUUGUUUUUUGAUAAGAGAUGUAGAACAUUUGACAUGUAGCUUAUGUCAAAUAGCCACAUAUUGUUCACCACAAUGUCAAAGAGAGAAUUGUACGAUUCAUAAAGAGGUUUGUAGAAUUGUACUGUCGAGGCAUAAAUGAAAUUGCACAAUAUAUUAGAAAUCAUAAUUAAAGGAAUUACUAAUAAGUUAAAUAAUUUUAGUUAUGUUGAAAGCAAGUAUUAAUAUGCAUACCUAUGAAUAACGAAUAUCUAUUAUUAAAUCUGCUGUCCGCCAAUGCAAAGCAGUCACAUACAUUAUUUUCCAAAACACUGUCAAUAGGUCAAGUUGAUUGUUUAAAGGGCUCUUUUCUAAACUGCAAGAAUGUUAAUUCUUGCCAUAUAUUUACUUCAGAACAAGUGUCUAUUAUUUCGUUCUUUUAAGAAAGAUAAUAUAACUGAGAGUUGUAUUGUAUCUAGCACCUGUACGACACAAAAUGGAAAACACCUGAUUUUUAACUUUCGUGAACUCGUAUAAAUUCAAUAUUGGCAAGAGUAUGAAUUAUUCUAAAUACUAAGGAUUUUCUUAUCACAGGCAGAUAAUCUUAGACGUAUUUGGCACACCUUUUUGCAAUAGUGGGUCAUCAAUGCUCUUCAACUCUGUUUUGCGGUUUUUGCUAUUUUGAAUUGAGCGGCACUGGGGAAUCAAAAGACACAACACGCGUCUGGAGUAUCAAAUUAUAAGCCUGGGAACUUUGAUAACUAUUAGCGUGUUAUUUUCACAAGUUAUAUUGUAUUGUUAAUGUGUGUGUUUCUUUGUCUUGAAUGUUCUACAAUUUAUUUGUAUUGUAGUCCUGUCAUAUAAUGUUGUCGCUUAAGAGUUACAUUUAGCAUUGCCAUCAAGAUUGGAGGUUUGGCUAGCCACAGAACCAGGUUCAACCCACCAAUUUGUCUUUAAAUGUCCAGUAACAAGUCAGGAAACUGGCUACUGUUAUCUUAAACAUGUUACAGCUCGUUUCUGUGUGGGUUGCAUUUGAGUGUUUCUGUUGUGUCGUUGUUGUAUAAUAUUUGAUUUGGUUCUCUCAGUUUUAGUUUGGAACCCGGAUUUGUUUUUUUCUCAAUCAAUUCAAACGGCGGUAUGCUACUGUUUCCUUUACUUAUUCAAAUUUGUUUUGAGUGCAUUAAUUGAUGUUUUUUGUUUGUUUAAAUUGUGUAAACAAUAAGCUUCUACCCAACAUUAUAAUUGUUAAUUGCAAAAAUAUACUAAUUGGUAUAAGACGGUUCGAAAAAUCAAUGCCAUGUUUCAUUCGUUUUAAAGACCCAGAUUUUGUAUAUAUUGUACUAAUAAGCUACUGUAUAUAACUGCAGUUGAUUUUAAUAACUAAUGCAUGCAUAAAGAUUAAACUUUGUUAAAUUAAAUAUAGAAAUUAAUUUUAAAAUAAUAUAGUUAUUUUUCUUAA